AUGAGCAACAUUAAGGUGGCAGUUCGCUGUCGGCCACUAUUUGAGAGUGAGCGCCCUGCGGCUGGCCUCAGCUUCGUCAAUGGAAGGCGUGUCAUGUUGGACAACAAAAGUUACGACCCGGACUAUAUAUUUCCCCCCACUGCUACGCAGGACGAUGUCUAUGCCAUAUGUGAGCCCAUUCUACAGAGCGUGAAGGAUGGAUUACAUGGCACUGUAAUGGUGUACGGACAGACUGGGACGGGGAAGACGUUUACUAUGUUAGGUGGAGCUGGAGGAUCGAGUGGUAUUGCCCACCGUAUGAUCGGCUCCAUGCUUGAGCACGUGCAGCAAAGGACAGUUGAAGGGGCGCAGUGCGCACUCACACUUUCCAUGAUAGAAAUAUACAAUGAGAAACUGAUUGACAUGCUCAGUAAGGAUGGAGAAACAGAGGUGACGCUUGUUGGUGGGUUUCCGGUAUCCAACGAGAAGUUGACGUUAUCACGGGUCGCCGAUGCAUUUGCGGCAAUUCAGAAGGGAUUAAGCCGCCGUCACAUUGCGUCGACUCUCAUGAAUGAGCGGAGCAGCCGCUCCCACGUCGUUAUAAUAGUCGACUACGAAGAGUUUAACGAGUACACCAACAGUGUGGAUGUAACCCACUUGUUCAUGGUGGAUCUUGCGGGUAGUGAGAGUUUAAAGAAAUCUCACGCUAGUGGGGCGGCUGCGGGCGAAACGGGAAAGAUCAACAAAUCAUUGUUAGCGCUAAAAAAUGUGUUUCUUGCGCUUUCAAACUCUAACGACACAACACGGCCAAAUCACGUGCCGUACCGGGACUCCAAGUUAACAGAGAUCUUGCGGGACUCCAUCGGUGGCAGUGCGCGGACUCUCAUGAUCGCAUGCAUUUCUUCCGUCGGCCGGGACAUUGAAGAAACCAAGUCGACUCUUAUGUACGCAGUGAAGGCCCGGUCCAUUCGAAACCAGGCAAACACUGAACGGGAGAAGUUGAUGAUUCGUCUCCGUUCCUUCGAAGCUGAAAACCAGCGGCUACGCAACCGCCUCCAGGAGCGCGUAGCGGAGCGGGGCGGUUACUAUAUUUCUCGCGAGGACCACGAACGGUACCAGCAACUGGAGGAGGAAUAUACUGAGCUAAAAUCAAAUGUGGAUACGUUGCUGAAGGAGCGGCGGGAAAAUGAAGGUCUCCAACAUAUCACUGAUUCGCAAACCAGUGUACUGAAGGCGAUGAUAGAGGAGAAGGAGGAAGAGUUGGUCCGCUUUAAACAGGUGUACCACGAGGCCCUUCUGAAGUUUGACUCCCAGGUUGGCACACUCCAGUUGGUUGUGCAGGAUGCAGUGCGUGACGCCCACAACACCGCAAAACGUGGUACGGAGGCGGUGUUUCAGCGGCUUGAGCAAUGGAGACUCGACACGCUGAUGGGACAGGUGGAGGAGGGUGACGAUGAAUGCCGUGACGAGGGAUCGAAGGGCAACGCAGAAGAGGGAAGUGAGGGGAGGAAGAGGGGAAGCACAUUUGGUGUGUCCACACGGCAGUACGAGGAUGACAUGGCGCGUUGCGUUGUACGUAUCAACGAGAACUUUGCUUCCCUCGGACAAAACAUUGUGGCAAUGACGCAGAAACAUGUUGCCGCAGUUCAUUCACUUCAGAAACGCCGUCGUGCUUCUUUAGAGGGUGUGCAGGAGCGACUUAAAUCACAACUACAGGAGACCCUGUCAGCGUAUGUGAGGGAACAGAUGAUUUUAGAUGAUGAGCUCGAGUGCGAACAACGUCUAUACGAAGAUAGUAUUUCAAUGACUACAAAGUUACCGACACCCGCUGAUGUGUUGCCAUUCCGUCAUGCUCUGCAAAAUGCCUGUCGUGCGGCGGUUGAGAGCAGUAAGGACAUUUUCACCGACCUUGAGAUGAACGAUGAGGUGGCUGGAUCACUGCAACAAAUAAAUGAGGCACUGAGGGUUUCGGCUACUGGCGCUUCUUUGGGAGCCUUUUUACAGAUUGGUAACAUGCCCCCACUCCGCCCUUCCACCUCGUCACAGUCUUCCAAUGCCGUUUGUGCAGCAGCCUCUGCCUCUGCCUCUGCAUCUCUGCGUAAUGACACAUCUACAACACUGCCAGACACCCAAACACGGCGGCUUUCAAUGAAGGAUAAGAAUCAAAGCGUGGUUAGUAGCCGUGGGGGAGCAGUAAAACGACUCCGGAGUAGUAGCAAUGUGUCGGACUCAAGACGGGCCUCAGCGCCCAGUGAAAAAUAG